UGCAGCCCAACAGUGAUAGAAAGAGAAGCGGACAGCCUCCUGCAGGAAAACCAUUCUGCAGACAUCCCCUCCGUUGUUAUCUGGCUCUGUAUGAUGUUUUCACUGCGCUUCAAGAUGAAUACCUUUAAGUAGUGCGCAUUUAUCUUAGAAAGAAUGAACACGAUGACCCGAUGUCUCCCAGGAUGAAAAGCCCACCCCCCUCCCUCGGGUAAGCAGACAUGUUGGAUAAAAGCAGUGAUGAAGGACAACAGGCUGUGCAGUGCUCAGACUGCGGCUGCAGUUUCAGCCAGACACAGCCUGACUCUGACUCUGAUUCAAAGGUAGCCACUGCUAAACAGCAGCCUGUGCACAAAGCAGACAGCCCUUCAAAAUGUCAAGCCUGUCAGGAAGGAAGCAGCCUCCCCAAUGGUCGACGCCCACACCGGCGCAUGCGCCUGGAUCCUCACAGCUGCAGCGUCUGCUCCAAAACGUUCAUAUCGUCUGCCCAUCUGACCCUUCACCUUUCCUCCCACAACAAAGAGAGGAAGUUCAGAUGCAGCACCUGCGGGAAGUACUUCCACCAGUCGUCCCACCUGAUGGCACACAAGUUAAUCCACAGCGGGGACCGGCCGUUUAAGUGCCCGGAGUGUGGCAAGACCUUCGGCCGUGCCUCACACCUGAAGACCCACCGCCGGCUCCACACCGGCGAGAAGCCCUUCAAGUGCACCUACUGUGACAAGUCGUUCACACAGAAGGCCGGGCUCCUCGCACAUGUGCGUCUGCACACAGGAGAGCGGCCGUACAAGUGUGAGCAGUGUGGUGAGGGGUUUCGGCAUCUGUCUGCCCUGCUCACUCACAAGGCACAAGAGUCGUCUGGGCAGGCCAAACCAGCUCCAGCUCCAGCGACCACUCAGCCCCAGCAGACACAAAGUAGCUCAGAGGAUCUGAAGUGUGGUGUCUGUUGCCGCACCUUCGUACGAUCAUCAUACAUAAGGCUGCACAUUCGCCUCAAAAAAGGACAAAGGCCUUAUCAUUGCAAAGUGUGCAACAAAACCUUCGUCAAGCUGGACACCUUUGUGAACCACUGUGAUAAACACUUGAGGCAGAAACGGGAUAAAAACAAAGUCAAAGACAGAGUUGUUAAACCUCCUCUGUUUGUGCCGCUCUCCAGGCCUUCUUCUCCAGAGUCCUCACCCCCUCAGCCUCUGUCCUCAGAGGUCAACACGCGCUCCAGAGCUAAAGCCAAGAUUAAAACAGAGCCUUGAACAAGAGGAGGGAAAGUCAUGUUCUGUCAUGUUUAAUGCUUUUAAAAAAGAAUGGUUCAACUGUUGCUGGUAAACAGAUGAAAGUCACAUUUACAAAUUCUAACAGAAAGGGACAAAAAGCUAAUUUGUAGUUAAAUUAUUCUGAAAAAAGUUGUAGUUUUAAUCUAAGAAUUGUAUCACAAAUGAUUAUUUAUCUUUGCAAGCACUGAAAUGGUGUAUUUAAUGUACAUUGAACCUCACACGGCUAAUUAAGAGAAACAUCUCUAUCGUGUGGAUUGUUAAAUUUCAAUAUAGAAAAAAAAAGUAUUAUAAUGAAGGGUUUUAUGUUGUUUCCUUACUUCCAAGUCUUUUGACAUUUAAAGCACGUGUACAAACUGUAAAUACAAUGCAUAUUGUCCAACAAAAAAAUGCACAGACUAAAAUGAACAUAAAAGCUUAAUGUGGGGGAUAUUUAUUUUGUUGCACUUAGAGACAAAUAUCUGUUAACAACAUGCUGUUGUAUGAACAUUUCUGUAAUGCCCUCCUAGCCCAGUUAGCAUUUGAGUCAAAGUUACAAUAAUUCUCCCAAAAUAACUUUUAUCUCUUAACUUCUGUGUUCAUCUCCUUUGUAACAUUGCUCGUGGUAUGCUGAAUCACCUGGGGUUGUAAUGUAAAGGCUUUAACUCUGUAAGUCUACAUGUGCUGCCAGAUGAGCCGUUACUGGACUGUCGCUUCGACUGAAACACGACGGUCACACUGUUUCCCAGAUCAGCAGCAGCUCGCAGCUGAUGCCUCACUGACCCAGAGCUGAAAUGCAUUUCUGCAGCUCCACAUGCAGAUGGAGCAUCUGUCACCUCCACAUAGUAAAACUCUUUGUACCGGCCUAUGGACAGAGAGAAAAAAAAAAAAAAGACAGUAAGGGCUGAGAGGUGAAUUCAGGACUAUUUAAGGGUCACAUGUGUAAAGCAGAGUCACACUGCAAAAGAA